CAUAGGUCUCAUGACGAGCUCAGCCAAUCACGAGGCGAUAUGCUACAACUUUCGCAGGGAAGCAUCGCAACAACGAUUUCCUUGUGUUGUGUUUUCACGAAGGAGCUGCUGCUUUUAAAUCGAAAACAAACCAGACGACAAAAUCCUUCCCUCGCCUCAUUUACCUUGCUUUUUAGAGUUUACUGUUAUUUCUGGUGUGCUUCUUUGCAUCUUGUUUUAUUGAGUCUCUGCUCGUGACAGAUGAACUAACUGGCUAGAUGCUGACUUGCUAGUCAGUUAGCCAGUGUCAAGACUGAUCCAGCUGACUGAACUGAACAUCAUAUAAACACGACUGUACCAGAUUCGACUCCGAAGAGAAGAAAUGUCAAUUAACUACAUGCCAUGUUAAAUUGAACAAGCAGUCGGUUCGGAAGCGUUGCUGACAUUACGCAGCUACGAUUAGCUGGCUAGCUGUUGUUGUACACCAUUAAUAACCGCUGUCGUUAGUGCUGAUCGGAUUGAGUUGGAGAAAUGGGUUCAAUUCUCAGUCGAAGAAUCGCUGGUGUUGAAGACAUCGACAUCCAGGCCAAUUCUGCAUACAGAUAUCCUCCAAAAUCAGGAAACUAUUUUGCCAGCCACUUUUUCAUGGGUGGAGAAAAAUUUGACACUCCUCAUCCCGAGGGUUACCUUUUUGGGGAAAAUAUGGAUCUCAACUUUCUCGGCAACCGUCCAGUGCAGUUUCCCUAUGUUACUCCAGCUCCGCAUGAACCAGUCAAGACAUUGAGAAGUCUUGUCAACAUUAGAAAGGACUCAUUACGAUUGGUCAGGUAUAAAGAUGAUGCUGAUACUCCUACUGAUGAAGGAGUAAAGCCAAGGGCCAUGUAUGGAGUGGAGUUCACCUUUGACUCUGAUGCACGGGUGGCCAUCACUCUCUACUGUCAGGCCUUUGAGGAGUUCUCCAAUGGGAUGGCGAUAUACAGCCCAAAAAGCCCUGCGCUGGUCUCUGAAACUGUAUAUUACAAAAGAGGGGUUAGCCAGCAGUUUACCCUGCCAUCCUUCAAGAUUGAUUUCUCUGAAUGGAAGGAAGAAGAUCUCAACUUUGAUUUGGACCGAGGUGUUUUUCCCAUGGUGAUUCAGGCUGUGGUUGAUGAAGGAGACGAUUGUUUUGGACAUGCUCAUGUACUGCUUGCAGCAUUUGAAAGACAUGUCGAUGGCAGUUUCUCAGUGAAACCUUUGAAGCAGAAACAAAUAGUGGAUCGUGUUAGUUAUUUGUUACAGGAGAUUUAUGGAAUUGAGAACAAAAAUAAUCAGGAAACAAAGCCGUCAGAUGACGAGAACAGUGACAACAGCAAUGAGUGUGUGGUGUGUCUGUCAGAUCUGCGGGACACUCUGAUUUUGCCCUGUAGACAUUUGUGUCUGUGUAACUCCUGUGCUGAUACUCUACGCUACCAGGCCAACAACUGUCCCAUCUGCAGACUGCCAUUUCGAGCUCUUCUUCAGAUCCGAGCUGUAAGAAAGAAGCCUGGAGCUCUUUCUCCUGUUUCCUUCAGUCCAGUUCUGGCUCAGAGCAUGGACCAUGAUGAGCACUCGAGCUCAGACUCGGUUCCUCCAGGUUUCGAGCCCAUCUCUCUGCUGGAGGCAUUGAACGGUAUGGGUGCUGUUUCUCCUGGCGUUCCCUCAGCACCUCUGUAUGACGAGAUCAACUUUUCUGGCAGUCUGAGUGGAGAGAGCCGGCAGCUCAGCUCACCUGAUCACUCUGGAGACAGUGCAGGACAGAAGAGCAAAGUCAGCAAAUCACCUGACAGCACUCUGCGCUCUCCAUCGUCACCCAUUCAAGAAGAGGAUGAAGAAAAGCUCUCAGAGAUGUCUGAUGCCCAGGCUCAUAUGCUGCUUUCUAGUAGUCCCGCACCCACUGAGGGCACCGCUGGGGAUGAUGCGCCUGAUUCACUGUCUCCUGAAGAGGAGGAUCACCUGAAUCUGGAUGAAGAGGCCAUGAAUGACUGCAGCAGCGAGCACAGCAGCUUUACCAAAACUGAAAGUGAAACGCCUAGAGAUCUGUCUCUUCCUGCUCUAGGUCCUGAUUCCUGCUCUAUUGGUUUGGAAGAGUAACUGGGUUUUCUGACUCAUCUGAGAGUCUGAGCACUCAGAGUACCUGCUGCUCCAGUCAGCCGCUCCUGGGUCCCUCAAGCCAUUUGCACAUGGACGAUGAAGAACUGGAUGUUUAACCAUACAGGACCAUCACCCUCUCCCAAGUCUGUGUCCAGCCCUUCCACAGUUUCCACACUGCAGUUUGAUGCACUCCAUUCCCAGACUCUGGCUUUAAAUAUGACUGACUCUAAUAUAUUGUGUAAGCGGAUGCAGCCUUGGAGAUAUCUUCUGGUGGUCUGACAUAAUUAUUGUGUUUUUCUAUAUUAGGGCUCAUUUUCAUCAAGUUGCCUACUUUAUUCAUCCAAAAAUCCGAGAAUACCUUAAUGUAAUUCAAACCCUGCAUCAAUUAGGUGAAAUGUUCAUGCUUUUAUUAUGCCUACAGAGAAAGUGGAUGGUCAUCUAUGUUACUUAAAGGGACAGUUCACACUUAAAAAAUGAAAAACCUGCCAUCUUACCUUUUUUCAAAACCUCAGUUGCUUUCUUUUGUAUCAACAAAACAAGAUAUUUAGAAAAAUGCUUGACCUGCAAAGCAAUUUAUUUUCCUACUCUGGAUGUUGAUGGGUGCAAGCAACCAGCAUUCUUCAAAAUAUCUUCUUUUGUGCUUGACAGAAGAAAGAAACUCAAAAAGCUUUAAAACUAUAUCAGGGAGAAUAAAUGAUGAGGUCAUUUUCAUUUUUAGGUGAACCAUCCCUUUAAUAAGUUUCAAGAAAAGCUCUACAAAUUAAAAUGUUACAUAUCAAUCAAGACUUCAAUGUUAUAUGCAAGUCUUUUGAACUUUUAUAAAAGAUUUAUGUGAGGAACUGAUUAAUCAAAAACUCUGAAUAUCUAAAUAGCAGGUUAGACUAAUUUCUUAAAGCCAGGGAUGUCAAAAUUCAGUCCUAGAGGACCGGCGUCCUGCUGAAUUUAGCUCAAACUUGCGUCAGCACACGUGCCAGUAUGUUUCUAGUAUAUCUCAAAUUCUAGUAUAACUUAAAUUUACCUGCCCUUUAAACCGAGUUGAAGUGGGUUGGAGACUCUUAUAUCUUGCUUGUCGGAUGUGAAAGCCUAGUUGUCUUCGAACUUUGUAGAUUUUAAUGAGAGUAAAACUGAAAUAAUUGAGUUCGGCCAAUCAAAUUCUUCUAGGACAUCAACAGUAAAUCUUGGUAAAUCAAGCUUUUCUGUGAAGCCUUGGGUAAAAUAUCUGGGGUGUUAUCUUUGAUGAUAGCUUGAGCUUUGAUGGACAGAUAAACACAGUGGUCAAAAAUUCUGCUUUUUUCAGCUUCGACUUUUAAAAACAGUCAAAUCUAUAAACAUUAAAAAUAAUAAUACAUGCUUUUUUAACUUUAAGGCUGGACUACUGUCAAUUCUAUCCCAUUUACAGUUGAUACAAAGUGCUGCUGCAAGGCUUUUAACCGCUACCAGAAACAUGAGCACAUCACACCAGUCUUGCACUCUGUGCACAAUCGUGUCACUUUUAAAAUUCUCUCUAAAAAACUCUUGUUUUUUUUUUAAAAAUCUCUAAAUGACCUGGCACCUUGGACUGAACAUCAGCCUGGUCGGUCUCUUCGAUCAUCAAACCAGAGAUCAUUAUGCAUCCUAAGUCGAUGAAGGGGUGAAAUGCAGCAGCUUGACCUAGAUUGUGCAAUGCUCUGCCCCUCUGUAUUAGAUCUAUAUCAUCUCUGUUUUUAAAUCUAGGUUGAAAGCUUACCUUUUUGAUUGGUCAAAAAUAGUUGAUCAGUCAAAAUUGUAUAAUAGUGCUAUAUAAAUAAAAUCGACAUUGACAUCUAGCUUAAUGAACUGGUUCAGAUGUGUUUAGGGUUGGAGCUAAACUCUCCAGGACAUCGGCUCUCCAGGACCGAGUGUGGACACCCCUGCUUUAGAGCAUCACCAUCCAUCUUUUCAUACAAAAAAAAUGACACUACAGGGUUAUGAAUGACAAUAAGGUCAAUAAAUAAUGAUCAUUUCCUUUAGUGAGUGAUAGUUUUGGAUGUAAUUCUCUUAAAAACGUAACUGUUUUGUUUACAUCGGUGGUUUAAAGAAUGUUAAACAUCCGCCGAUUCUUUCCAUUCCACGAACAGUCGUAUUAUUGAUUAUUAUUAUAUAUUUUAAAGAGGAUCAUUUUAUGACUCAUCUAAGUUAAACAGUGGAGUUUUACCAUUUUUUAAUACAUUCAGUCAAUGUCCAGGUCUGGCAGGAGCACUUUUAGCUUAGCAUAAAUCAUUAAAUCGGAUUAGACCAUUAGCACAUCACGCUGAAAAAGAAUUGUUACGCUAAAAGUGCUCCUGCCAAACUCUAAGAUUAAAUGACUGGAUAAAAAAUGUGAAAAUUCAACUGCUAUAAAAUGAGCCCAUUUCCAAAAAAAAAAAAAAUGUGGAGUGUUGUUUUAAGAAUUUUUGAACCAGAAUGAAAAUAAGCUUUAUUUUUAAGAGCGUAGCCGAAGAUUAAGAACACCAUAUCAGUGCUUGGUCAUACAAUGCUAUUACAGAGCUUCUAUCCAGAAAUGUAACACUAACCAAGCCUGUUAAGGUUAAUAUACAAAGCACAUUUAAAUAAUGAAUAAAUAACCUACUCAUUUCAGGAUAUCUGUACAACUCUAUAAACGAUCAUGUGUUCAACUAAUUAGUGAAAAACUACAGAAAUGUAUAUCUUUAACUGUUCCUUUGAAAUGCUUUUAAAUGUCCUGAACUUGUUUGUGUGUGCUGACUAAAGACCAGAAAAGCACUUAUACAGUACAUACAAGAUCAUUAUAUAUGAGGAUUCAAAUGUAAUAUUUAUAGUGAUUAAAUAUACUGGUGGACUUUUGUCAGUUUAAUGACCAAAUAUUGUGUGGUCUAUAACAGUGCUUUAAACGUGCUUGCUUGUUUCUGUUCUGUAAAACUUUAAGGACUAAAAAAAAAAGCCAUGGUGGACUCUAUUUACCUCUUUGUUUGCUUAUAAAUAUCGUAACAUAAUUUUCAAAAUAUUUCAAUGUGUGAUGGAAGACUUUUUCACGUGUCGGUUCAGAUGUUAUUGAUUCGUUUUAGCGUGAAGGCUUUGUGAAUAUUUGACUGGUUUGGUUGUACUUUACAGCUGGACUUUGUAUUUUUGUGAAGGAGAAGAACAGCUGAAUGAACAAGUCACAGGAAGCAUGAAAUCUCAUUGUUCUCCUCAAACAUGCAGAUAUGCAGUGUCUUGUAACAUUAUGCAUAGAGGUUUAUGUGCCUUUGAAGAACCAAGCAAGUGUUGCUGCAGCUUUUUCGUGCCCAUAGCUGUGCUGUUCUUGUGUUCAUUUCUGCUGUUCAUCUUUAAAGCUGUAACCUUUAGCCUUGACUACAUUUUUGCAUUAGAUGUGAGACUGAUGUUCUUAUUUUUAACGUCCAUUUUGAAGAGCGGAUCACUUUCUGUUUAUAUUACGUGGGUUGAAACCUAUCGCUUAUUAUACUGAACAAAUGCAAAUAAACUUUGUAAUGCUGAUACUUAAAA